CUGUGCCUCCUCGCGCGGCGAGCGGCGCUUCAGCAUCACGGAGCGGAAUCUCUGCGUCUCUCCUCUGUUUGUUUCUUUCUUUCUUCCUUUAGAAGAAAAAAAAAAUCCCAAAGUUACGUUACGACGUUUAAUAUUUUUUUUAAAUCCUAAUUUCAGGACGAGUGCAGAGCUUUUUAUCACCAUUAUUCUGAGCACUUUUUUUCCUCCUCUUGUCUUUCUCUGGGAUCUAAACCGCACGCGUGAUGUCCUCGCGGAGGAGCGCGUGCUGCUGGUGCCGCUUGCACGCGACCCUGUUCCGACUGCUGUGUGUUCUUCUGCCCGCAGGCUUUCCCGCGCGGAGCGUGGACGUGCAGCGCGCGACGGACAACAUCACCGUGCGCCAGGGAGACACAGCCAUCAUCAGGUGUUAUGUAGAUGACAAGGUGUCCAAAGUGGCCUGGCUUAACCGUUCCAACAUCAUCUUCGCCAGCGAGGACAAGUGGUCCCUGGACCCCCGUGUGGACCUGGUGACAAAGGGUCAGCUUGAGUACAGCCUGCGCAUUCAGAAGGUGGAUGUAUACGAUGAAGGGCCCUACACCUGCUCGAUCCAGACCAAGCAGCAGUCCAAGACCUCCCAGGUUUACCUCAUCGUACAAGUUCCUGCCUUCAUUUACAGAAUGUCUGAGGACAUCACGGUGAACGAAGGCAGUAACGUCACCCUAAGCUGUCUUGCUAACGGUCGGCCCGACCCGGUCAUCACCUGGAGGCUGCUCAAUCCGUUAGUUGACACCCCGGACGUGGGCGAGUAUCUGGAAAUUUCCGGCAUCUUGCGUACGCAGGCAGGCCGCUACGAGUGUAAGGCUACUAAUGACGUCGCUACGCCUGACGUCAAGUACGUCAAUGUGGUCGUCAACUAUCCGCCUUUUAUUAAAGUGGCUAAGAGCUCGGAGACACCGGUGGGACGUCCAGGAAUUCUGCAGUGCGACGCCACGGCGGUGCCUAAACCGGAGUUUGAUUGGUACCGAGACGACAAGAGGCUGUCGAACAUGCAGGGGAUUAGUAUUCACAUCACCGGCUCUCGCACUGAGCUCACUGUGGCCAACGUCACGGAGGACGAUUAUGGAAACUACACCUGCGUGGCCACCAACCGGCUGGGCAUACACAACGCUACUGUGUUUCUCUACAGACCCGGAACCGGGAGGGACAUCAACGGCUCGGCCUCGGUGUGUCAGUCAAUGUGGCUCCUCCUCCUGCCCUUCGUCCUGCCUCUACUCAAGUGUUAAUGCUCGGCGCUGCACUCCUUCGCCACCAUGCUCCUUAUCCCUCUCUUCUUCAUUCCUCCUCUCACUCCUUCUCCCGCCUUUUCCUCGCGCUCUCUCUCUCCGUCAGACUGUUUGCAUUUCCAUUCAGUAUAAAACGUGCCUCCUUGCACGCAAAAAACUAGGUACACUUCCAAUUACAAAAGUUGAACAGAAUGGGCUAGUUGUGUGCUUUAGUGUUGAUUUUUUUUUUGUUGUUGUUUUUAAAAUAAAUGAGGAUUGUAAGACCUAAAAGAAGAAAGCAACGAGACACUCUUUCUAUGAUGAAAUUGUUGUGUUUUUUUUUUUUUGGCUUGUUUUGUCACAAUGUCAAAAUCUAGCGAGAGCUACAGUACGUAGCGUUAACUGCGACGAAAUCUAACAAUUUGGUAAAGUGACACCGGUACUUUGGAUAAAUUUGUCCACGCAAUCACUUCAGUAUGUGUCGAAAAUGUACCGUGAGCGUCAAACAUUAAACAAGGUAAAGGAAGCUAGGCGACUUAGCAACUAGCGCUGUCCG